CUACAAUCUUCGAUCUAAUCUGUCCUACUGGGAAGUAAAAAAAAAAUCCCAGUUUCAUGUUGGUCUGAAAUGUAGAAUAAUCGAGUAUAUGACAUACGAUAUUUUGUGCUGAUUUGCUCUGACUUGGAGCUGUAUUGACCGUAAAUAUACACUGUACGAAUUACAACAUGAUGGCUGAUCAUAAUGUUGGGUUUUGGGGAGGAAGAAUUCCCAGAGAAGUCGUCAAUAUGGCCAAACACUUGAAAGAUCUGGAUAAACAACUCUUCAGACAAAUACUUAAAGCUGUUGUAAAUGCAUUGGAUGAUAAAGAGUGCAGUGGGUGCAUGGCAGAUAUUAUAGAGGAUAAUUCCCUUUCAGAAGACAAGCUUAGCGACAUUGUUUCAGGCAUGCAUGAGCUACUAAGAGAAGCUUUACGAGUACCACCGUCUCCAGUGAAUAAAGAGAGCUUUGAGCAAGAUCUUCGUGAGCUCAGGAUUUUUGAGGAGUUCAUUGCGGACCUUUCCUGCAUUGUCUUUGGAUAUGGGCGGCCAGCACUUGAUGCUUCUGUUACAAAGCAUGGCCCAAGAUUACCUAAAUUAGAAACAUUCAGAUGGAGAGUGGAUGUUGCAAUUUCAACAAGUUCCUUGUCUCGAGCUUUACAGCCAACUAUUCUAAUGCAGUUGACACUUUUUGAUGGAAAUCUUCAUCAAUUUGAGGUUUCUUUGUCCAAGUUCCAGGAAUUGCGGUACAAUGUUGCGCACAUUCUCAAAGAAAUGAACGACUUGGAAAAACGAAGUGUUCUCCAGAUCAAGGAUUAAUAUUCACAGUAAUUUACCUUUAACUUAGCAUAAUGUUAAAUUUAUUCAGUAAGAAGAUCUGUUAUUGAUUAUAUAACAGUUUGUAUGAUUAAAUUACUGUUUGAUGUCUUUGGAUAUCCAUGUACAGACAUUGUGUUUUUCUGUGGGCAAGUGUUGCUGUUGUUAUUUACAUCCACUGAACAUUUGAACACAGUAUGGUUCAACAUUGGUAAUCAAUUAAAAUGGCAAUAUCAAAAAAUUGUUUUCCCUUAUUUGAAUUCAACAUUAUCUGUUUUGUUACAAUAAAACUCAUUGUAAUUUGGCCACCACUCAACAUACAGUAAAAGCAACAAACAAACCACAUAUAGUGCCUUGCAAAAAAAAUUCAAUCCCUUUAAAAGUAAUAAGAUUCAUCUGGAUUACAAAUGACAUCAUCUAUUGAGCCAUGGUCUAGUUUUGAUACACACAUACCCACUGUAGAUGCUUUCAGCAGUUCGCAGGGGUCCGUAUGAGCCAUCUGACAGAUUUUUAUAGUUGGCGUAUAUAUAGUUUUAUUGUCCUACAAUAAAAAAAAAUAAAAGGAAUAUUUUUCUCUAUCAAAA